UCCCCACCUCCCUGGGCGGAUCUCUUUCUCCGCGGCGCGCAGAGCAGCGAAGGCGCCCAAGGAGACCAGGAGGAGGAGGAGGCGCGAGGCGCGGCAAGGGACAGAUCCGGAGAUCGCAGGAUGGGCUCCCCCGAUGGGCUCCUUUGACUGGGAGGAGGAGGAAGAGGAGGAGAAGGGACCGCGCUGCGGGAGAGGAAAGCGAGCAACCGCCCCUGCAAGGAAGAUGCGUUAAACGGGCCCCCAAAGUAGACCAGAAAAUCCAAAAUGAGCAGCGAGACCAUCCCCGAGGAGGUCUCCUCCCUCCCCACCCAAAGCCAGCAUUACUUCGACCGGUUCUCAGAAGAUGACCCUGAGUACCUGCGCAUCAGGAACAUGGCUGCCGACCUGCGCCAAGACUUCAACCUGAUGGAGCAGAAGAAAAGGGUCACCAUGAUUCUGCAAAGCCCUUCUUUCAGGGAGGAGCUGGAGAGCCUCAUCCAGGAGCAAAUGAAGAAAGGAAACAACUCCAAUAUCUGGGCCCUCCGGCAGAUUGCAGACUUCAUGGCCAGCACUGCCCCUUCCGUCUUCCCGCCUUCGCCCUUGAACCUCUCCAUGGUGACCCCCAUCAACGACCUCCAGGGCAUUGACUCCACGUCCUUCGCCAAAGGGGAGAGGCUCAUGCGCUGCAAAGUCAGCAGCGUCCACCGGCUGCUGGAUCUCUAUGGCUGGGCGCAGCUCAGCAGCACCUGCGUCACGCUGAGAGUCAGCAAAGAACAGGACCACUUCCUGAUUUGCCCUGUGGGCCUUUCCUGUCCUGAAGUUACAGCUUCUAGCCUGGUUAAAGUGAACAUCCUGGGAGAAGUGGUGGAGGCAGGCAGCACCAGCUUCUCAGUGGAUACCCGUAGGUUCAGCCUGCACUCUGCCAUCUAUGCGGCCAGACCAGACGUGAGAUGCAUCAUCCAUUUGCACACGCCAGCCACUGCCGCAGUGUCUGCCAUGAAGCACGGCCUCUUGCCCAUUUCCCACGAUGCACUGCUGGCAGGGAACAUGGUAUACUUUGACUUCAAUGGGGAGAUGGAGGAAGAAGCAGAUAGAAUCGAGUUGCAGAAGUGUCUAGGACCCACCUGCAAGGUUCUUGUGUUGCGGAAUCAUGGUGUGGUGGCCUUGGGAGACACGGUGGAAGAAGCCUUCUAUAAGAUCUUCCAUUUGCAGGCUGCCUGUGAAGUGCAGAUCUCGGCCUUGUCCAGUGCCGGCGGAGCAGAGAAUCUGAUAGUUCUGGAGCGAGAGAAGCACUGCCCCCAUGACGUUGGCUCUGUCCGAUGGGCCGGCAGCACCUUUGGACCCAUGCAGAAGAGCCGGCUGGGAGAGCACGAGUUCGAGGCCCUGAUGAGGAUGCUCGACAACCUGGGCUACCGGACCGGCUACGCCUACCGCUAUCCGUUUGUCCAGGAGAAAACCAAGCACAAGAGUGAAGUGGAGAUCCCAGCCACUGUCACGGCCUUUGUGUUUGAGGAGGACGUAGCCCCCAUCUCAACUCUCCGGCAGCAUGCCCAGAAGCAGCAGAAGGAAAAGACCCGCUGGCUGAACACACCUAACACUUAUCUGCGGGUGAAUGUGGCCGAGGAAAGCCAAGGCAGCGCCAGCAGAACCAAAACCACUUGGAUGAAAGCAGACGAGGUGGAGAAAACCAGCAGUGGAACACCAAUCCGAAUUGAAAACCCAAACCAAUUUGUGCCUCUCUACACAGACCCACAAGAGGUUCUGGAAAUGAGGAAUAAGAUUAGAGAACAAAACCGCCAGGAUGUGAAAUCAGCCGGACCCCAGUCCCAGUUGCUCGCCAGCGUGAUAGCAGAGAAAAGCAGGAGCCCGUCUACAGAGAGUCACUUGGCAGAUGGAGAGAUGAAGGAUGUAUCCCACAACGAGGUUCCUCCGGAGCCGGAGCCACCAAACCCUUUCAGUCAGCUGACAGACCAGGAGCUGGAGGAGUACAAGAAGGAAGUGGAAAGAAAGAAACUGGGUCUCGAUGAUGAGAAAGACACAAGCCUGGAGGAAGAGGUGACGGCCCCUUUGGAGUCGACUGCAGACCCCACAGUCCAGAGCCCAGCCAAGCCUCCGUUGAAAAGCCCACCCAAGACUUCAGAAGGUGGGAAGAAAGCGGACGGUGGCCAGGCGCCUGCCGAAGCUGACCAGAAGGCAGAUGACCCAGGCACGGUGGUGGUGAAUGGCAAGGAUGAUGAUCAAAACAUAGAGGACCUGCUCAGCAAAGGAAUGAGCCAGAUGACCACCAACGCAGACACCGAUGCCCCCAAGGACAAAACAGAGACGGUCACCAGUGGACCUGUGUCACCUGAGGGAUCCCCAUCCAAGUCUCCUUCAAAGAAGAAAAAGAAAUUCCGGGCCCCGUCCUUUCUGAAAAAGAGCAAAAAGAAAGAGAAGACAGAGUCUUGAGGUCCUCUCCUGGGUGCUUCUCCCUGCUCUUCUUCUUCCUCCUCCUCCUCCUCUUCCUCCUCCUCUCUCCUCCUUUUCUUCUUCCUCUUAACCUUCCGCUACUCCCUCUGCUCUUGCCACCACAAGGAAAACUCCUCCUUACGGUGGCAUCUCUUUGGACGGCUGAGGACCCCGGAAUGUUUCCCCCCAAUGGGAUUUGCUUGGGAAGGUGAGGAAAUGCUUUCUGAGGAUUUGUGAGACAACCCUCCUCCCGGCCACGAAUCCAAGGCUAUAACCAAGAUAGUCUGUCCUUUUCAAUGCUCCCUUUGGGACAGAGAGGGUGCUUGCCACUGAAUGCCAGUCACUUCCGGGGAGUCACAGCGCAAACGUCCCAAGCCACGUCAGGCCCACACGGGGAAGUUUCCCAUGGACUGCUUUAUAGUACACAGCGGGUCCCUUUCAGAAAUAAUGGUGUGGACUGGGGCGAGGGCUGAUCCCUUGCCGAAGCAGGGAACCUGCGGAACGGGAGGUUGGACUGAUUAUUUUGAUGCUUGACCCAAUUGCCGCUAUUAAUCUCUGACGGAAAUUGCUCUGGACUUUAAAGCAGACAAGCUGUUCCUGCUGCGGAGAAGUCCUUGGAGAAGGCUGUGGGAUUUCUUGGGCAAGGAUCUGACCCAGGGGCCAGCUGAGCACCAAGGGCCUAUUUUCCAUAUGAACGAGUGACACUAAAUGCCUUUGGGGAAGGUGGGUGUUUUAAUAUAAGUACUGGCUCCCCCUGCAUCAGCAGAUUGCCAUGCAGGUGGAACAAGGUUGGGCAGGUGGCAUUAGGCUGGCAAAGGGGAAGAGAACAGAGCUGACCCCUGGGACACAAUCCACCAAGAAGUUCUUCCUCAUUGGAAGUCGCUGUGAGGUGUGCAUGAGGAUGGUGAGUCUCUUGCACUUCUCAUAUUCUUUUUGAUGGGGCUUGUGCAGGAGAACUUCUCAAUGUACUGGGGAUACCCUGUGGAUUUUCUGCCCAGGCUUCAAAAUGAGCAGCGGGCUGGUCCCCGGUUCACAAUCCAGGCUAACAAAUGGAAUCAUUUCCCUUGUUUUGAGGACUGUCUACUGGUUCUGGAUUGAAACCCGCUUAGAUUUAUGGGCUGCAAUAUCCCCACGCACGCACACGUCUCCUCGGGGGUAGAGCAUGUGCUUUGCAUGCACAUGAUCCUGGGGUCAAUUUGAGGUGUCUUGGGUGAGAAAAGGACACCAGGUCACAGGACCAAAGGAGGUCUCUCACCUGAUGAAGCCUCUGAGAUCUGUUGCCAGUUGGAAUUGCUGAAGCUUGGAGAGGUGGAUCAGGGACCUGGC